AUGCUUUCACGUCGAACAGAUGGACGCCGCCGGCCCCGAGGUCUUCCGGCGAGACAUGAGCAUCGCGCCGCCCGCGCGACCCGACUCCCGCCCGCCCUCGCGCUCGCCUGCCGCCCCGUGACGGCGCUCCCGCCUGCCCCGCAGCCGCCUGCCCUGCCCGCAGCCGCCGCCGCCGCCAUGUACAACCUCAACGUGAACGUGGCGCCCGGGGCCGCGGGGCUGCUGGCGGUGGAGGGCUCCUGCACCACGCCCAAGACGCCCGAGAUCCUCAACUCCCUCAUCGCCAUGACCAGGUGAGCGUUUCUAUGUUGAUGGUCUUGCGGUGGUCGUCAUCGUCGGUGUGGGGAGGUGCCCCACUGAGGGGAGACCUUGGAGGGGGAUAUCCUGCGCAAGCCGACGUGUGGGUUGGCGGCGGAUCUCACCAUCCAGCGGGGAGAAGCACCGCCACCUCCCGCUAGAAUACGUUCUUUACACCAAGCCGGUUUGUGUGUGUGUGUUGGCAGUCCGUUCGACGCGUUCCCCGGCGCGCCCGGCCGAGCGUCGGGCCCCCGCGCCGCCCCCGGCGGUAGCCCGUCGGCGCUCGCCCUGCCCUCUGCCGGGCAGCCCUGCGGCAGCGGCAGCGGCGCGCUCAGCCCCACGGGCGACAGCUGCAGCUCCUCCAGCAGCUGCUCCGGCCCCCUCAGCAGCCACGGCUCCACCGCAGGCACUCCGCCGCUGGGCAGCCCCACGGGCGCGGCCGGCAGCCGCGGGGGCGGAGGCAGCUCGCCGCCGUCCGUUCAGCACACGUGCUCGCAGCUCAUCAAGGAGGGCCUCAAGCUCACCAUCCAGAGCAAGCGCCGGCAGACGGGCCGCGACCCGCUCGACCCGCUCGACCUGGACGGCGCGGGCCCGGCCGCCAAGCACGCGCGCAGGGACGAGCUGGGCGUGUGCGGCCUGCAGGGUUGCGGCCUGCUGGGACCUUGCUGCCAUUUGACUGCCGAAGACGAAGAACGAAGGAGGAGAAGGAGGGAACGAAACAAGAUCGCCGCAACCAAGUGUCGGUUGAAGAAGAGAGAACGUACUGUCAACCUCGUACACGAAUCAGAAAUCCUGGAAACUCAAAAUCACGAGCUGAAGAACCAAAUCCAAGACCUGGAGACGCAGAGGAGGCGGCUAAUGGAAAUGCUCAGCAUGCACAGCCCCACCUGCCUGAAGAACAACGGCGCAGCGGCAGGCGGCGCGGCGGGUCCUAGCCAGCUGUCUCCUCCCUCGGCGCAGGGCCCCGGUUCCGCCACCACAGCGCCCUUCUGCGCCGACCUCAAUGCCCCCAACCACCACCACCAGGCCAGCUACUGCGACCCUUACCACUCGUACGGCCCUGUCUCCUGCAGUUUCGGCGGCGGGUACGCGGCGGCGGGCGGGGUGGACAACGGUUGCAUGGCAUAGCUGCGUUAAUGAGCGCACCCGCUUUAAAAAUCCCGCGAGCCUUCUUCCAGUGUGCAACAAUGGUUUUUCAUACGAAAUUACGACAAGCAGUGACUUUUUUUAAUGAUGUGACAUGACGUCGUAUGUUUCUUCCAGGAUGUGUUUAGCCAGAUAACUGACAGUUCAACACAAGCUUUUGUUUUAUUCGCUCUCCAAAGAACGUUCAAGGAAGAAAUAAUUUGGGGGUGUUUUAUUUUUCUUCUUCUUCUUGAAGAUAAUGCUUCUUGGUUCUCACUAACUUAUAUAUUUGUUGUUGUUUUUUUUAUUUGGUGCAUCUAAUUGUUUGGGGGGAGCGCUGUGGUACUGUACUAACAGCCGUUGGGUAUAAACAUGACAAGUGACAAGGGAGAGUGUACUGUGUUGAGCUAUUCCUCAGCCAGCUACUUCAGUGAUGAAGAAUUAAUCCUGCAUAGUUUAUCUCAGCAGAUUUUGUGCUGACUAGACAUACAAUCAUGCUUAAACUUUCUUCUAAAAAAGGAGGAAAUGUAAAAAUGAUUGUAAUGCAUCAGAGAGCACUCAUCAAAAACUCAAAGAGACUUCCUGCCCACAAAAUUAUUUCUUCAUCUUUUCAUUACCAACAAGAAAGCCAGUGUACAAUGUAAUCUAUCUGGUUGAUUUAUGUUUUGCCUCCAUGAAACUAAAAGGUGCCUUCUCAAAAACUAUUGUGGACUUAAAGACAAUUUAUACUUGUUGAUAUUUUUUAGCAUGUGCCUAAAUAUGCUCCAGUCUUUUAUAUUGUAUUUUUGGAACUUUUAUGUAAUGAACUAGUACUAUGUCAUAAGCACAAAAACGUGUUUUAAGGGACUGUGGUAAGAUGGACUUACAAGUUAUAAAGUUGUAAUCAAUCUUCCAAUUUUUUAGAAAGUGCUUCAGCUGUGAUGUGGCCUUGAGAGAGUUAAAUAACCACAGUUCUUAUUUUCUUGGAGUGUUGUCAGUUUAUUAAUGUAGAUGUAAUUGACACAUUGUAUUCCAUGUUUUGUAAACACACAUUUUAAACCUUUUUUAAAAUGUGCUUUUUAUAUUGAAGGAAAAUUAGAAAUUCAAUUCUGAUAACUGGUACUACUGGUAUUGAUAUUUGGGUCAUGGAGUAUGUCAUUUUGGAUGGACACCCUAGAUAAGUUCUGCACAAGAAUUUAAAGAUGACAACUUUAAUGACAAGAGGGAUACGUAUUUCUUAAAAUUCUUUCAAAAGAAAGCUAAAUGCAAGAAAAACUACAGUUCUAAAAAAUGAAAAAAAAAAAAAAA